CAAAUUCUACUUGUUCUCUGUAAGAUAGUAGCGGCUAUGCUGGCAUCAUGUGCAAGCACGCCCUCGACUUCUUGGAGUCGAGUAACAUCCUCGAGUAGAAACCUUGUUGAUCUUGAUCCCUUGAUAUACUUGCCUUCACCCGAACUUGGAAGAAGAGCACCACGAUAGGCCAUGUGAUACCACCCCGGUCGUGAAUUAUAUCGUUCUAGGCUAGGUAUAAGUAUGUGAUUCAACCUCCGAAUUGUUGUUCCUUCCUAGUGUUGCGUAGAAUUUUUGUUCAACAGCUGUCUUGAAAAUGACCGACGCAGGGUGGGAGCUGAUCGAUGACGAGAAAGUCAUCGCUCUGCGGAACGAACUGAAAAGCCUCAAGGACCAGCUAGAGGUACAGCUCAUUUUUACUUUUUGUUCUGGAUAGAUAAAGAUUUCUUGUCUACCCAGGCAGUAGGACCACGAGAGAAGAAAAAUAUUUAUAUUUGCAGGUGGACGUCGACCUCGACCCUUUCUCGCUCAUUCGUUCUUGUCGUUGCUAGCUCAUUUUCCCCCAAUAAACUUUAACUUUUGUUUUUUUUGACACAAGGACACUAAAGCUCCUCGACGUCCGACAGGAGCAUGCAUCAUGUAUGAUAUGCAUAUGGAAAAAAGAUCUAAAUCCGAAAUAGUAAUAGUGAAUGCCCGCAAAAUUGUGUUGAAUCAACUAUCAGGCGGAGAAACAAAAGACAUUGGAUACCGCGGCCCGAUUUGAGCGCGAAGCCGUAGAGGCUGCCAACGAGCAUGGCAAGAAGCUGGAGGCGCAGCGGUCGGAGGUGGACUCCUGGCGGCAACGAUUGGAUGAGGAAAAAACCGCGAGAAAGGAGCGGGAACUGAUGCUGCACGAGCAGCUAAGUAACGAGAAGAAGCAGCUAGAGACCGCGCUGAAGGAAAAGCAAAAACUCGCCGAAGAAUGCGCAAACCUGAAAACAGUGCACGAGGUACAAGAAGAAGACUUGAUUGUGAUGUUGUUGUUGAGGAACAAUCAAAUCAUCUUAUCUAGUGUUUAAUAUGUUCUUUCAACAGUUAUCAUGUAAGUAUGACAGGUUUGUAAGUACAACAGUACGCAGCUGUUGAACUACGUUCAUCAUGUUGCACAAAAAUGUCUCUACUACUUGUCGUGAUGGGCCCCACUUGGCUUUCAUCGUGUAACUCCGCAUCGAGGAGCGCGACGCACGAGAAGCGUCCUCCGUUUUGUUGCCCACCUCGGAAGUGAUUCUUGAUCAUUUAUACUGCAUCAGGCCGAGUCCAAGAACGCCUUGGCAGCCACGGAGAACCAGCAGAAGCAUUUUCACAGCAUGUUGGACCAGGAGCGCGCCUCCGCUGCCGCGUCCAUUCGCGACAUUGUCGAGAAGCAGCAGAAGCAGGAGCAACAGGCGAGCCGGGAGUUUGCCAAUCAGCUGGACGAGUUGAAAAAGCAGCUCCAGGAGGAGAAGAAGCAGUCCGAACAGAUAUCCUGAGUAAAAACAUCUCCACCCCGGAGCUGUCAUGCAGAUUUGCAAUUGCAGGAAGAUUUGUAAUGCGCACCCCCAUGAGAGGCAUUUCCAGUCGUGUUUUUGGAAUUUCUGAUGCUGCAAACAGGAUGGGUAGAUGGGUUUGUGAUGCGGCUGCACUUGCUAGACUGCACUACAAUGCAGAGAGGAACAAACUUGUCAUGCGUGACUCCCAAAGCUUCUGGAUUUGUGUUGCGAGAAGAUCCCCAUCUUGACUCUGGCGUGGGGACGUUUUUAGACAGGAUAACAGAAGCUGCAGGAGGAAAAGACCAAGGCGCACGAAGCCAAGCGGAACUGGCACAAGACCGCGGAAAUCGAGAAGCGCACCUUCGAACUGGAGAAGCGAAAAGCCUCCGACGAGCUGGAGAAGGUGAAGCAGCAGCUGGCGCAGGCGGAGCGCGAGAAGUCGAUGCUGGAGCAGGCGAAGCGGUUAGACGAGGAGAAAAAGCAGGAGCAGGUGCAGUUCUACGUGAAAAAGAACGAGGUGAUGGAGCAAGAAGUGCAGAACUUCAAGCAAGAGGCGGUGACCAGCAGGAAGGAGCGGGACGCCUUCGAAAACGCGGUGGGCAAUCUGAAGAACGAGCGCGACCAGCUGAAAAACUCGGCCGCCGGGAUUGAGGCGGAGUUGAAGCAGUGCCGGGAAACGCUGAAGUCUCUGGAAGCGAGCAACGCGAUGCUCAAGUCUAGUUGUUUUUAAACACUUUUUCUAUGAGUAGACUACGAACGUAGUAACACUUAUUUGUUCUUUUUCGUAUCAGACUGAGACUGAGGCCAUCCGCCAUCAAGCCUUGCUGUAUUGAUUGUAUUUUCACCGUGCAUGAUUUUUACACUCAAUACCAAUAUUACGAGUGCCACCACUACUAGCCACCCAUGACAGACAGACGAUCUAACCUGAGUCAACAUUUCUAUGCACCAUCAAAGAAACCCCAAACUCCUAUUUCAGAUGCUCCGCAAGCUCUUCGGAGGAAGCAACGAAGCAGUUGGAAAAGGAACUCGAGAAGAAAGCGAUGGACGGGUCCCAAUUGCACACCGAAAACCAACAGCUGAAGCACCAAAUCGAGGAGCUGAACCGGUCCAUAAACGCGUCGAACCAGCAGAACGAGGCGAUUGAGAGGGAUAACAAGCAAACGCUCGAGAAGAUGCAAAAAGCGGUGGAGGAGCUGACCGCCGAAAAGAAAAAGAUCGAACACGAACGCGACGAGGUCAAGACGAAUUACGUGGAGUUGUAUCCACAAAAAAACACCCAUCCCCAUAACAUUCCACCAAUCUGUCAUCUUCGUGCAAAACAUGCUGUAUCAAAUUCAAAUCUCGCACUAGCCAUGCAGAAAAUGAAUGGGAGUAUGGGUGUUUUUUGCUGGAUAAGUUGGUGGAGACCACCAAGAGGUCGCUGGAGGCCGAAAACACGAAACUGCGGUCGGAGAAGGAGGAACUGAGUCAGGAGAUGUCGCAGCUAAAGACGGAAAUGCAGGCACAGCAGAACGAGCUGGACAUGUAUCGGAAACUACGGGAGAUGGACUGAAAAUGCUGGUAUUGACAAGAAAGACGCGGUGUGCAUGUGCUUUAGCAUCUUGGAUCUUGCUCACCUCCCUCGUCGCAUGACGCCGCAAAACAUUUCUAAUUCUAGCACAUGCUGUCAAGAAAUUGAAGUAUCUUUUUUGCAGAUGAGCUGCAGCCAGCGUACUAUACUCUGACUCAAUACAAACAGCUACAUUAACUUUUCUUCAUCAUUAACCUUAUGCAGAGCUGAAUUUUUAGACAUGGGUACUUAAUGUCACCGCUUUGAGCCCCCGUCGGUCGUCGUCGUCGUCCACGACUACAACUUACCCGCGUAGUAGCCCCGCGCUUUGCGCUCUUGUCUUCGUGUUGCUCAUCAAAUGCCCUUGUGCUUGUUCAUUCUAUGCUGAAAAGCUCCUACCAGUUAGCACAUGAGCAGACCCAUUUUUGACUUUUGGAAGAUUCCUAGCCCAGGCUUGUUUCUAUUGAAACUGUUGAUCAUACGAAGGAAAGGACUUCUAGUUUUUUUCUUACAGCGCAUAUGUACGGACUUCAACACUUCCACCCGUACUCGUACAAUAUUUCGGACGAUUCUAUCGUCCAAAGAAUUAAUAAAGCCCAAACGAGGAGGUGGAGGAGGACGAGGACGAGGAGCCCGCGGCGAGCAAAGUUAAGCCUCGUUCGAACUGCGUCUCCGCUGUAGAGCUUUCUGCGUCAUCAGUUUCGUGGUCAAGAGCUGACUCUGACUCAAUUAGGUUUAGACGUGUUGAACAUGUAGGAAGAACUUCACAUGAUACAGCUAGCUGUGUUUUUGACUUUUGGACUCCGAAUUUUUUCCCAACGACAUGAAUGAACAUUUUUCACAAGAACAAAACUCAGACCGAUAGACCGGGCUACGUUUUGAAAAGCGAAACUUUCCGGAUAGUAGCGAGAGGAAAUCUUCCUAGUUCGUUGUUAAAGUUACCCCCUGAAUGAGAAUGUCGCAUACAUUUGAAGUUGAUCAAUUUUUUUUGUUUAUCGCAAAAGUAAAAAGAUAUAUAUGACUCCAAAAUUACAGCCUUGCUCCUGGUCUCUAUCUCAAUCUUUAUUCAUCAGUAGAGCAACAUCGAAGCUCACCGCUGCAGCGGGAGCAGUAGCUGGUGUCUUUGCUGCUGGUAGAAGCUCUUGAUGUGACGAUAAAGAGCAGGCAGGUCGUAUUUUGUCUGAUUCCUUCCCCCGGUUCAUUUCCCUACUUCCCCCGACCGUUCUUUACUUGGAAAUUAAAUUUGAAUCGCAAAUUAUGUUGAGAAAAAUAAGCUAUAGCCUAGAUAGAUUCCCAACGCUUGAAAAUUAGAAGUAAACCUAAAUGUUGUAAGUAUCUAUGUAGUGUUAGUGUCCACCACGUCCACGACCAGUCCGGCGGGUAGUAAGUUUGAGGUGCUGGAGUUAGUCGCGUCCUCGUUGUGUCUGAGAAGAGACAACAAGGAAGGGUCUUCUCUCUGUUGUGUCGCCACAUCCAGUGACGGUCUUUGUGUGUUAUUGGAAAGAAGGCAGGAGCGCUGCCGGCCCCGGCAAGAGCGUGUGGGUUGACUAAGACCCCGCUGUGGCGAUGAAGAUUCUUGUUACGACCACGCCGCUGAUUUUGAAUUUGAUAUCGCAAGCGCAAGAACAAAUACCUCGCCGUAGCUCUAACCCCAGCAAGAAAUCGAGCCUUUUUCACAGUGGAGGUGGACAGGCGUUUACUUCACGCUAGUACUGAAGGCUUCUCUACUUUCAAGAAAAACAAGAGAAAUUGGUCCUCAUCCAUCCAUCGUCUUCCAGAUCAUGGUGGAAAUAACGAUAAAGGAGGUAUCAUUUUUUCGUGCCGCUAAC